AACCUCUUAUAAAAGCCCAGGCUUUAUUGCCUUAACGUUCAUCAGAUUCUUGAAAGAGACAAAAGAGGCAUCGUGCUGCCUUCCAUGGCUCUCAGCAUGUCCUGGGUGUUGCUGUCCUGCCUGAUGCUCCUGUGUCAGGUUCGAGGUGAAGUUUCCCAGGAGGAGCUGCCCUCUCCACGCAUCAGCUGUCCAAAAGGUUCCAAGGCCUAUGGCUCCCACUGCUAUGCCGUGUAUAGGACCCCAAAAUCCUGGAUUGAUGCAGAUCUGGCCUGCCAGAAGCGGCCCUCAGGUCACCUUGUGUCUGUGCUCAGUGAGGCUGAGGCGUCCUUCGUGUCCGCACUGGUCAGGAGCAGUGGGAGCUCCUCCCCAUACAUCUGGAUUGGGCUCCAUGACCCCACACUGGGUCUAGAACCCAAUGCAGGUGGAUGGGAGUGGAGCAGCACUGACGUGCUGGAUUUCUUCAACUGGGACAGGAAUCCUUCCACUGCCUCUGACCGUGGUUUCUGUGGAAGCCUGUCACAAACCUCUGGAUUUCUGAAGUGGAGAGAUUAUAGUUGCAAUGCACAGUUACCCUAUGUCUGCAAGUUUAGAGACUAGGGUGAGUAGAGAGGAAUCUGAAGUUGUAUGUUACUCAUCGCCAAUGGAAGAGUCUGGGUGUGAAGAUUCACCCAGGAAGACAACAUUUUCACCCCUUCACCCCAAGUGUGACCCUCCUUAUGAUCUUUUCUCUUACGCUUUUCCCCUCACCCACAUUUCAGACUCUUCCAUGUUAAGCCAUGCCUCAGAGAGCAAUAAUAAACAUUUUUACUUUA